CUAGAUCGACCUCUCUCUUUGUCCCUCGCUCUUUCAACCCUGAAAAUUUUCUCCGUCAAGGAGCCAUGGCGAAGAACAGAAACAAGAAGAAGAGAAGCGGCGUGGCACCGAUGGACACCACCGAGCCCACUCUCACAGAUAUCCCACAAUCGAUGGACACGUCAGAUUCGGUUGCUACGACAGCCACGCAUUUCCCAGCUUCUGGUGCUCCCAUUAAGAGGAAGAAAGGAGUAACAAUGAAGAGAUCAAAAAAUGUCCGAAAGAUGAAAGCAAUAGCAAAAGCGGUAUCUCAAAAUGAGAAGUCAAUGGAGAAAAUUUCAAAGAAUGAGAGUAAAACAAUGAGAUCCCAAUCAGCAAAAAUGCUAUAUGAUUGACUUCUGUUGUGUCCAACCUUCUUGACAAAAGCAUAUACCCAUAGAAGCAGAAUAGUGAGAAUUCAAUACACAAAAAUUUGCUUUUUCACGGACUUAGGUCAAGCCGCCCCUCUUGACCCCACAUCAAUGGAAAGGGCCUGGAAGCAUCUAAUCCUGAUGUGAUUUCUACAGAACUUUCUUAGUAAUUUCCUUUGCUGCCAUGAAUGCAUUCUUUUUUCAAUGUC